AAUACGUUGACGCGAGCAUGGCAGCAUGAUAACAAUAAAUGAAGAGCUAUGCAGAAAACAACCUUUACAGAUGGAUCAGAGGAAAGAUUCUCACCAGUCAAGACUAAUGGUUCUCCAGUAUCUUUCCAAAGAACUUCCAGCUUAACAGGAAGCCACAGGAAAGUAAAAGACACAGCAGCUGACCUUCAUAAUCUGUGCCAGAAGUGGUUGAAAUUCAACACCGAGGGAACAGCUUCCAUCAAUGAGAUUGCAAACGUCAAACUGCAGGCAAUAUUUAAAGAAGAAGAAUCCCAGAGAAGUGAGGAGGAAGGAACUUUGAUAAAAGCAGAAAUGCCAGAAGUUCUUGAAGACCAUUGUAACAAAGUGUUGCAUAUUGUUGACAAAAUGAGAAAACUUGUAGAUAAAAUGGAAGCCAUGGCAGAGAUUUUCAGAGGUGUUGCUGACUUGGUGCGUCACAAGGCACAGUGUUCGUCCACAGAUUGCAACCCCAUUCUUUUCCAAACAUGGAAAGUCAAAGAUUUUGAAGAAGCUACCUUGGAGAUGUUGGAAUCCUACAGGAGGGAAAUCAAACUGAAGGAGCUGUUGUCUAAAAAUAUCUGUCAUGUAAAAGAUAGGGACUGUAUGAUGUUUUAUACAGCAGCCUGGCUACACCAGCCUUAUAUAGACAGUUCUUGUAUACUACUUCUGGAGAGUAUGCUUACAGAGACCGGACACAGAUGACCUUCCUCGUGUAAAAUAUAGGGACUGUAUGAUGUUUUAUACAGCAGCCUGGCUACACCAGCCUUAUAUAGACAGUUCUUGUAUACUACUUCUGGAGAGUAUGCUUACAGAGACUGGUCACAGAUGACCUUCCUCAUGUAAAAGAUAGGGACUCGGUGAUGUUUUAUACAGCAGCCUGGCUACACCAGCCUUAUAUACACAGUUCUUGUAUACUCCUUCUGGAGA